AUGGAAAUCGGUCUGUAGUUUUGAUCAUUAGUCCCAACUAAUGACUGGGUCACCUGAUUUUAAUACCGGCAGUACAGAGGAUAUUUUCUCAAACAGUAGGGAAAACCCCUGAGUCUAUUAAGCUUCUGAACAGUAAGUAAAUAGGAAAAGCAAUAGAAUAGCGACAAUUAUACAAACAUUGAACGGCUAUGUCAUCCGGGCCGUUGGAGUAAGUAUGUUUUAGUGAGUUUUAGUAAGCUAAUAAUACAUCAUUGACAGAAAAAGUUUUAUUAGAAGGAAGUUCAUACGAUGAUCAAUCAGAUGAGCCAGUAUUUGGAGGAGGUUGGAGAACAGAAGAGUUAAAUAUUGAGGAGAAAUGGACUGAAAACAAUUUUACAGAUUUGGAUGGAGUAUUUGAGGUAACGUUGUUGAGACAGACUGAAGAAGGAAUUGGAUGUUUCUGUUUUAAAUUAUUGACAUAUUUACAAAAGCUGGCGAGGGAGGAUGACAAUGCUUCCUCUGUGACUAAUAUGAAUAGAGUAAUUCAUUUUUGA